CGCGCCCCGUUCCGCUUCGACUACGAGCGGUUCCGCCGGAGCCUCCGGCACCCGGUGCGCGGCGAGCGGCGAGCAGAGGAUCCCGAGACCCGCGCCCGCAGGAUGAAGAUCAGAGAGAUGAUGAAGUUUGCCUGGGAUAACUACAGGCACUACGCCCUGGGCAAGAACGAGCUGCGCCCGCUGAGCAGGAACGGCCACGUCGGGAACAUGUUCGGAGGCCUUCGAGGAGCAACUGUGAUCGAUGCCUUGGAUACUCUGUACAUCAUGGAACUCGAGGAGGAAUUCCAGGAAGCCAAGCAGUGGGUGGAGAAGAGCUUUGACUUGAACGUGAAUGGAGAGGCCUCCCUGUUCGAGGUGAACAUCCGCUACAUCGGGGGGCUCCUGGCCGCCUUCUACCUGACUGGAGAGGAGGUGUUCAAGAACAAAGCUCUGGAGCUUGGAGAGAAACUUCUGCCAGCCUUCAACACCCCCACUGGAAUCCCACGUGGAGUCAUCAACCUGGGCAGUGGCAUGAGCUGGAGCUGGGGCUGGGCAUCUGCUGGCAGCAGCAUCCUGGCAGAAUUUGGGACCCUGCACCUGGAAUUCCUGCACCUCUCUGAGCUCUCUGGCAACCCAGUGUUUGCAGAAAAGGUGAUGACCAUCCGCAGGGUGCUCAGCCGAGUGGAGAAGCCCCAGGGGCUGUACCCCAACUUCCUGAGCCCGGUGACGGGGAGCUGGGUGCAGCACCACGUCUCCAUCGGGGGGCUUGGGGACAGCUUUUAUGAAUAUCUCAUCAAAUCCUGGCUGAUGUCAGACAAGAAGGACUCUGAAGCUAAAAAGAUGUACGAUGAUGCCUUGGAGGCAAUAGAAAAGCAUUUGGUGAAAAAAUCAGCAGGAGGCUUGACCUACAUCGCAGAGUGGAGGGGUGGCAUCCUGGACCACAAGAUGGGCCACUUGGCCUGCUUCUCUGGGGGCAUGAUAGCCCUGGGGGCCCAGCAGGAGCCAGAGGAGAGGAGGCAGAGGCACAUGGGGCUGGCAGCAGAGAUCACCAGCACCUGCCACGAGUCCUACGCACGCUCAGAGACCGGGCUGGGCCCCGAGGCGUUCCGCUUCGAGGCGGGCAGCGAGGCCACGGCCACGCGCCUCAGCGAGCGCUACUACAUCCUGCGGCCCGAGGUGGUGGAGAGCUACAUGUACCUGUGGAGGCUCACCCACCAGCCCAAGUACAGGCUCUGGGGCUGGCAGGUGGUGCAGGCCCUGGAGAAGCACUGCAGGGUGGAGUCUGGCUUCUCUGGCAUCCGGGACGUUUACACCACCACGCCCACCCACGACAACAUGCAGCAGAGCUUCUUCCUGGCUGAGACCCUCAAGUAA